AUGACAACCCAACUCAGUCCAAACUCUGGACACCUUUGCUACGACAAUGCUCUGAACCAACUCGUCAAUCUACCUCGAUCCAACCAUGGAACAAGUGAUUUUAGUCAGCUUACCAGCUUCGCGUUAGAAGUUUGCAAGAUCCAGGAAGCCCUCUUGGGCCAUGACGAUUCGACAUGCGAUCGUGCUUCGCCAGCGCUAAAAUCAGCUGUAGAUUUGUUACUCGAACGGUAUCGCUGCAUUUGGGUUGAUAAGAUCGACGAGAUUAACGCAGCUCGUAAAACGACGGCUUCUCUCAACCGACAACGAAACGACACGAUGCCUAAUUUGCAGUAUGUGCAUCAUUGUUAUCUAAACAUCAAGAGCAGCAUUACGGAUUUCGACAGAAUAAUGAAGUUGAACCUCACCUAUUUCGCUAAGAAUCGGAUCAUAUUUUACACUAAUGAUGAUGGCGCUGAACGAAUCGCCGGCAUUCUAUCUCGUGCAGCUGUGCCACAUACUCAUAUCAAGAUGGGUGAAUCACUCGCCAAGCGGCAUCGACGCUUAAAGAUCUUCAAAAGCAUGCCUUCCGUAUUGAUUGUCAGCGGUGAAAAUGUGGCCAUUUACGAGCUCCAAGACAUUCCGGUUGACGCUGUGUUCCAGUAUUAUCCAUCACGCAGCAAGCAUACAAGAAGGGUACCAGAGGGAAUCGUUGAUUACGAGGAACAAACGAAGGCGCUUUGCAGAUUUGGACGUCAAGGAUUAUCGUUGAUCUUUGUUCAAGAUAGAGAUGUCAGGUGCGAAGUGGUGGACCUCUCAAUUGAAAACUAUGCAAAGUAUGGGACCUAUUUCGAGGAAUUGGAUACAAAAGGACAAGGUGGAUCACUAGUACGAACAUUGGAAGAGUAUUUGUCAUGA